UUCAGUUGGCCGCUUGGGCACGGGGCAUGUGGCGAGCAUGCCCUCAAACAAGCACAGCACAUACGCACGGAAUUUAAGUAAAUAAAGAUACUACUUCUUCGUGGAGAAAACAUUCUUCAAUAGAACGAAGGAAUGGAGUUCCCUGUGGACGGCCUGGCCAGCGUGACCCAAGAGGUCCUGGAGAGAUCAGCCCAGGACUACAUGAACAGCAUCCUCCACAGCAAUCCAGACUCACCUGCACAUCUCACCCUCGCCAACAACACACAGGUGCCCAUUGGGCUUUCCAAUGUGGGUUUCGUCCCUCUGUAUGGAGCCGACCUGAGACAGAAAGUCCUCGCCCUGUUCUCCCCACAGGACCAGUUUACAGCGGUGGGGCUGUACUUGUUGGAUCGAUGGUGGUCACUGGAGGACAUCCUAAAAACAGCAGACCCUGCCAGAGAUGGAUGUGUGGAGGUGGAGACUCUAGGGGAGAGGAUAGUCCUGUACAUUUUAAAUCGUGUGGUGUACAGAGCCAUGGAAAUGAGUUCAGACGAACUACCUUUCCUCUGCCACGGGGAGAGCGACAACGCCAAGAUCCUCUGGAAAGACGGACAGGCAGUCGGCUUCUACUCAGUCAAACCUUCAGGCAGCUUGUGCAGUACCUUCUUAACCCAGUGCUAUCAGCUUCCUAUCAUGGACUCCAUAUUCGUCAGGAAGUGUCACCGUGACAACGGCCUGGGCCUUCAAAUGCUGGAGAACUUUGUUGAAUGUUUCAAAGAGGACUGCCUUGGGUUGAGAUACCCCCUUUCAAAAGUUAUGUACAAAGUGUGUGGGAAGUACCUGAGCCUGUACCCGGCCGACAGAGACCUGCUGUGGGAGGUGGAGAGUGUUGGAAGACCCAGCCAGAGGACUAACAUAGCCAACAAGAUCCAGGCUAUGGGUCUGAGCUCCUUAUCCAAGUACCUCCCCUUUACGGAGCACUCUGUGGCGAACCGUGUGGGGGCUGAAAAUGAGGGUGUAAUGGAGAAAGUGACAUCACGCAUACAGGAAGCAAUGGAGUAUACUGUUGAAAUUGUGGAGGACGUUACACUGGUCAAAGUGACAAAAGAGAAGGAAGAAACGCCGGUUACAACCAGAGGCAGGAGCAGUGGCCAGAAAUUCAAGAAUAUCUCGGAGGAAAGCAAAUCAGAGAAAGUCAUCAGGAUUGAGGAUAUUGAAGCAGAGGUGGAUACCCCAAAAGAGAAUCCAGUUUCAGAGCAUCAGCAAGAGAAUGAAAAAGUUGUUGCUGUAGCUGAAUGCGACGAAGAGGAGUUAGCUGAGGAUGUCGUUGACAUAGCCACAGAGGAGGUUGAGGAGGAGACGGAGGAGGUUCCAAAGGAGGUGGCAGGAACCAAUGAAGACAAAGAAGAGAACAAAGAAGAAACAGCCGAAGAAUCCUCGAAGGAGGGGAAAAAAAGAAGAGGCAGACCAAGAUCCACUCGUCUCACGAAACCUGUUGAGGCUGAGGAGGAGAGAGUGGAAGAGGAGCAGCCAGUAGUUGAGGAACCUGCUGAGGAAGAGGAGAAUAUCUCACCAGCUGAGGAGGAAGAGGCAGCUCCAGUGGUAGAAACAAGAGUCUUGAGGAGAGGAAGAAAAAGCGUUCCACCUACCCUAACACCAAAAUGCAAGUCCACAAGAAGAGGCAAACUGCCUGAGGAAGAGAAGGCGGAAGAGCCAGAGGAGAAAGAGGCAGCUGAGGAAGAAGAGGCACCAGUAGUGGAAGCAAUAACUGAGGAAGAGGAAAAAUUGGAGGAAGAGAAGAAAGAGGUGGAAGCAGAAGAAGAAGAAGAAACGGUAGAAAAACUAGCAGAGGUAGUUGAAGAGGCAGAAAAAGUGGAGUGGGAGGCAACAGCAGUGGAUAAUGUAGCAGAUGAACCAGUAGAAAAACCAGUUGAAGAAGAAGAGAAGACCAUACCACCUGAGGAGGAAGAGGAGGCUCCAGUUGUAGAAACAAGAGUCCUGAGAAGAGGAAGAAAAAGAGUUCUAGUUACUACACCAAAAUGCAAGGCCACACGAAAAGGCAAACAACCUGUGAAAGUGGAGGCGCCAGAUGAAGAGUCAGCUGAGGAAGAAGAGGCACCAGUAGUAGAAGCCAGAGUUUUGAAGAAAGGAAGAAAAUCUACCCCUGCCAAACCCAGAUGCAAAUCCAAACGACGCCACAAACAACCCGAGGAAGAGGUAGAGGAAGUGGCUGAACCUGUGUUGGAUUCUGUGGAUAAAAUGGUAGAGAGAGAAAAAGAAGUGGAGGAAACAGCAGCAAUAGAGAAGGGAGAAAAAGUGGAGCAAGAUAAACCAGUGGAGAAGGAAAUGGCAGAGGAGGAGGUAGCUGUAAUAGUGGAAGAAGAAAUGGUGGAGGAAGAAGAGGAAACUGAAACUGCACCAGUGGGAGAGGAGAGUGUUGCAGAAGAAAAGGUGGAGGAGGAAGCAACAACUGGGGAAGAGGAAAAUGUGGAGGAAGCGAAGGAGAAAACCGAAGCUGAACCUGAAUCAACGGAAGAGGAGAGUGCUGCAGAAGAAAAGGUGAAGGAGGUAGCAACAACUGAGGAAGAGGAAAAUAUGGAGGAAGAGAGGGAAGCGGAGAUAGUGGAGGAAGAACAAAUAGAGGAAGCUGAAGCUGCAGUUUCAGUUGAAACUCUUACUGUGGAAGAAAAGGUGGAGGAGGAAGAAAAAACCAUAGAGGAGGAAAAGGUGGAGGAAGCAACAACUGAGGAAGAGGUAAAAGUGGACGAAGAGAAGAAAGAGGAAACAGUUAUAGAAAAACUAGCAGAGGAAGUUGCUAUGGUAGAAGAGGCAGAAAACGUGGAGGAGAAAGAAGAGGCUAGAGAAGUGGAAUUUGUUGCAAAUGAAGUGGUAGAAAAUCCAGUUGAAGAAAAGAACACCUCACCAUCUGAGGAAGAGGAGAACACCUCACCACCUGAGGAAGAUGCUCCAGUUGUAGAAACAAGAGUCCUUGGAAGAGGAAUAAAAAGGGUGGAGGUAAAGGAGAAAGAGGAAGCUGCUGCUGAAGCUACAACUGUGGAAGAAGAGAAUGUUGCAGAGGAAAGGGUGGAGUAUGAAGCAGCUAUAAUAGAGGAAGAAGAUAUUGUGGAGGAAGAGAAGGAGUCAGCAGAUGAAGAAAAUAUUGAGGAAGCUACAGCUGUGGAAGAAAGAGUGGAGGAAGCAAAACACGCAGAGAAAGAAAAUGUGGAAGAAGCAAUAACUGAGGAAGAGGAAAAAGUAGAGGAAGAGAAGAAAGAGGCAGAAAAAGAAAUGGGAGAAAAACUAGCAGAGGUAAUUGAAGAGGCAGAAAAAAUGGAGAGGGAGGCAACAGCAGUGGAGAAUGUAGCAGGUGAAGCAGUAGAAAAGCUAGUUGAGGAAGAAGAAAGAACCACAGCACCUCAGGAGGAAGAGGAGACCCCAGUUGUAGAAACAAGAGUCCUGAGAAGAGGAAGAAAAAGUGUUCCAGUUACUCCACCAAAACGCAAGUCCACACGAAAAGGCAAACCACCCGAGGAAAAUGAGAAAGUGGAGGCACCAGAUGAGGAAGAGGCAGCUGAGGAAGAAGAGGCAACAGUAGUGGAAGCCAGAGUUUUGAGGAAAGGAAGAGAAUCGGCCCCUGCCAAACCCAGAUGCAUAUCCAAACAAGGCAGCAAACAACCUGAAGAAGAGGUGGAGGAGGAAAAGGUAGAGGAGGUUGCUGAACCUAUGCUGGAUUAUGUAAAGAAAAGGGAGGAGAGAGAAAAAGUAGUGGAGGAAACAGCAGCAAUAGAGCAGGAAGAAAAAGUGGAGCAAGAAAAACCAGUGGAGAAGGAAAUGGCAGAGGAAGCAACUGAAAUAAUGGAAGACGAAAUGGUGGAUGAAGAGGAAGAGGAAACUGAAUUUGCAGCUGAACCUGAAUCAGUGAAAGAGGAUAGUGUUGCAGAAGAAAAGGGGGAGGUAGCAACAACCGAGGAAACAAGCGUGGAAGAGGAAAAGAUGAAGGAAGAGAAAGAAACUGAGAUAGUGGAAGAGGAAAAAAUUGAGGAAACUGAAGCUGCAGUUGCAGCUGAAACUAUUACUGUGGAAGAAAAGGUGGAAGAGGAAGCAAAAAACAUAGAGGAAGAAAAGGUGGAUGAAGCAACAACUGAAGAGGAAAAAGUGGAUGAAGAGAAGAAAGAGGAAACAGUUAUUGAAAUAGCUAUAGAAAAACUAGCAGAGGAAGUUGCUAUGAUUGAAGAGGCAGAAAAAGCGGAGGAGAAAGAAGAGGCAAGAGUAGUGGAAUGUGUUGCAGAUGAAGUGGUAGAAAAGCCAUUUGAGGAAGAGAAGAAGACGUCACCACCAGAGGAGAAGGAGGAAGCGGAGCCUCCAGUUGUAGAAACAAGAGUCCUGAGGAGAGGAAGAAAAAGUGUUCAUGCUACUCCGACUCCAAAACGCAAGUCCACACGAAGAGGCAAACAACCCGAUGAAGUAGAAAAGGAGGAUGAGCCAGAAGAGGAAAAUGCAUAUAAAGAAGAGCCACCAGUAGUGGAAGCCAGAGUUCAGAGUAGAGAAAGGAAAUCUGCCCCGACACCCAGACACAAAUCCAAACGAGCCCGCAAAGAACCUGGGGAGGAAGAAAAGGUAGAAGAGGCAGCUGAACCUGUGCCUGAAGCUGUAGAGGAAAAGGUGGAGGAAGAAAAAUCAGUGGAGGAGGAAAAGGUAAAUGAAGCUGCAGCUGAAACUGCUACUGUGGAAGAAAAGGUUGAGGAGGCAGAAGCGAUAGAGGAAGAACAUGUGGAGGAAGCAACAACUGAGGAAGAGCACAAGGUAGAGGAGGAGAAGGAAGCAGAAGCUGCACCUGAAACUGCACCAGUGGAAAACGAGACAAUGGCAAAAGAAAAGAUUGAGGAGGAAAUUAAAUCUGUAGAGGAAGAAAAGGUUGAAGCAACUGUUGAGGAAGAAGAAACAGUGGAAGAAGCAACAACUGAGGUGACUGUGGUAGAAGAGGCAGAAAAAGUGGAGGGGGCAACAGAGGUGGAAAGUGUAGCAGAGGAAGUAGUGGAAAAGCCGGUUGAGGAAGAGGAGAAAGCCUUACCACCCGAGGAAGAAGAGGGUAAAGUUGUAGAAACAAGAUUCCCGAGGAGAGGAAGAAAAAGCAUUUCUGUUACUCCUCCAAAACGCAAGUCCACACGAAGAGGCAAAGAAGCCGAGGAAGAGGAGAAGGAGAAGACAGGAAAGGUUGAGGAGAUGGAUGAAUUUGUGCAGGAAGCUGUGGAGGAAAACGUGGAGGAGGAGGAAGAAGAGGCACUAGUAUUAGGAGCCAACAUUCUGAGGAGAGGAAGAAAAUCUGCUCCUGCCACACCCAGAUGCAACUCCAAACAAGCUUGCAAAGAACCUGAGGAAGAGGAAGUAAAGGUGGGGGCUGAAAAGAUGGAGGAGGCAGCUGAACCUGUGCCAGAAGCUGUGGAGGAAGGAAAAACAGUGGAGGAGGAAAUGGUGGAACAGAAUAAGAUGGAGGCAGAUGUUGCGAUGGUAGAGGACAAAGGAAACACUGAAGUACAAGCAGACAGUGGUGCUCCUGAGGAAAAAGAAGAAGCAAUCACACAUCUGCCAGAGGAGGUUAUGGCAGAGCAAACCAAGGAGAAGGAAGAAGAGGAGAACACAGAGGAGAAAACUACAGAAACAUCAAAAGAGGCAGCUGAAGUAGAAACAGCUGAAGCGGUAGAUGAGGUGGAAGAAGAGGUUGAUAAGGUAAUGGCAGAAGAGGCAAGCGUAGUAGAAGAGGAAGUGGCCUCAGUGGCUGAGGGUGCUGUCAAGCCUGAGGAAAAUGGAACAGAGAAGGAGAAGAAGGAAGAAGAAACUAUUGAGGAGAAUGGCAUGGAAAAUGUAGAGAGCGGUGAGACAGAGGCAGAGGAUGGAGUCGGGGUCAAGGUGGACAACCUUAAUUUACAGUUGGCAGAGGACGAUGAGGAGGAGGAGAAAGAGGAGGGGGAGAAGAUGGCGGUAGAGGAAAAGAGAGCUGCUCCAACUCAGAAGGAAGAGCUGAAGAGCUCUGAGGAAGAGGAGGCUCCAGUGGUUUUAACGAGAGUUCUGAGAGUGAGGUUAACUGCCACACCCACAACCACACCCAACUCCAAGGCCACGCCCCAGCGUAAAUCCACAAGACACAGCAAAAUAGUAACACCUGAGAAGUUUGAUCCUGAGGGGGUCCUGCUUUCAUCAGAUCAAGAGCAGGAAGAAAGCCUUGUGGAAAUGAGACAUCUACGUAAGAGAAAAAGCACAGGGCCAACACCUGUUCACAGAUCCAAGUGCCACAGCAGAACUUAGGCUGUGAAGACAGGUGUUUUUGUUCUCCUCUUUAAAUAUACAGCUAUAGAGGAAAGAUUUCACAUGGGACCAGAUAAUUUCCUUGUAUCUAUUUGUCAGAAGAAGAAAAAAAUGGAAAAAAUGCUUCCUGUUUUUUGGUAAUUUUCCGAGUCGAUAUGCUGCAUAUUUAAUACCUUUUUAUAUUGUACGUACAUUUAGCAUUUUAAGUACAAAUCUGUUUACUAUUUUUUCAAAUUGCAGCUGUCAUUUUGACCUUAGUGGCAGGUAACUCAAUGUGUUUCAGUAGGCUGGGAGGCUUUGGUUUUCUGAUAAAUGUAUAGUAUUUUUAGGUCGAACAGUUUUUAACUGUUUCUGUUGCAGUUUCUAACCGCACAAAUUAUUCUAUACAAUUUUUUUGUAAUCACAAUUUAAACAUGAUCUUCUAAGAUAGCAUUUAUUCUCUCAAAAUACUACAGGGUGUAUUUCAGCAUACCAUAAUUCCAAACGGUGUCCCCUCAAGUAUAACUCAACAACUCUAUAAAUAAAUAAAUAUAUUUUUUACGUAUGAAUUUAGUUACACUUAUUGUCAAUAAGAGACAUCUGAUUUUGUUAGUCAGUCUCACUCAGAUAUAAUAUUAAAACCUGCAAACAUUUCUCUCCACCCUAUGGAAAAAUGUGUAUAAUUGCAGGAAAUAGUUAUAAAAAUGCUCAAUAUUUUAUCUGUCGAAUUGCAAAAUCUGUAGAAUUGCAGCAAACUUGUUUUAAAACUGCAACAUUUUCUCUACACCCGUGGCAAAAUGUGUAGAAUUGCUCUAAAUUAACUGUAUUACGUAUGCACAAAUGGGUACGCAGACCCAUGAGCAACUGCGGCACCUUAUUAGUUCAGAUUUUUUGUGGCCCCCUCCCUCAUCAAAGUUACCCAUCUCUGAUAUAAAUGCUAUUACAUUAAAUGUGUAAUAUGUUCUUAAAUGUGUAAUAUGACACAAAUAUGAUGAUUUGUUUUUCAAAAGUGUAAAAUAUUUCCUAUUUUAUUAAGGGAAUAAUGCAUUAAGCAAGUUUUAGUUUUAUUUUACAGCACAUUUGAGUGACAUUUCUCUUUGACAUUUUUUAUGGUUUCAUUUUUACCCAAUUACAAAUGUUUUCAGCGGAACUGUCACGCUCUGACCAAAGUAAGCUGUUUUUCUCAGUGUUGGUUGGGGCGUGAUAGUGACUAGGGUGGGUCAUCUAGGUGUUUGUAUGUCUAUUUUGGCCUGAUAUGGAACCCAAUAAGAGACAGCUGUUUAUCGUUGUCUCUGAUUGGGGACCAUAUUUAGGUAGCCAUUUCCCCAUUGUUGGUUGUGGGAUCUUGACUAUGUGUAGUUGCCUGUCAGCACUAUUGUAUA